AAAAAACGAUGUUACAGGUUACAGUGGAAUACAUAACCGUAAAUGAAGAUAAAGAACUCUUAUAAAUCACAUAUAAAAUAUACUAAUUUUAAAUGUAGAAAAUAUUUAUACAUAAGACGUUUAAAAUGUUUAUGCUGUUACAUUUAAGCGCACGUACAGUAUAUUAACGUAUAUAUGUACUAUAAUUGCAUUAGCCAUACAAAAUUUCACUCAUUUAAAAUGAUAAUACAAAUCCAGGAAAACGUGUUAUGAUUAUAUGUAGUAAUGAAUAUAAUAAAACGCUUGUUUAUUAAUAUCGCAUGGCAUUGAGUAGUUUAUUUGAACGAGUAUGCCUAGUGUCGUCUUUGUCAAAUAACCUUUCCGAAUUUAAGCGUUAUCACACGAAGUAACAAAAGAGAAAUAUAUUCCAAAGGAAUUACUAUCUUCGAAUGGAGUUUCAGUAAAUUUACAACGUUGGAAAGUUUUAAUUACUUGCAAAAAAUCUUCAAUUAAUGGUAGUAUUCAUUCUUCAAGCUAUAUUUUAAAGUUGUUUAAAAGCAAGCGAUUAAUGUUAUAACAAUUGCUUAAUGAUCAUGUUAAACUGCAUCAUACUAUGAAGAAUAUAUUUCUUUUCAUCAUUUUGCAAGUACCAUAUGUGAUAGCAUUCAAAGAAAGAUUGUUGCAUUAUAUAUCGGAUGAAGUUACCGGAGGUUCGUACAAAUAUUAUAGCCUAACGUACGAUGGUUUCAUCAAAAUAAUAUUAACGUCUGAAACCGGAGAUGCAGAUAUAUACGCUUCCCAAAUAACAACAAAACCAACUUACGAGCCUGAUCAAUAUUGCCAUCAGUCUGCUACUUGUGGAGAAGAUAUAAUUCUUAUACCUGAUAGCUUUAAAAGACCAGUUAGUAUAGGAAUUUAUGGACACCCGUCUCAUGAAAGUAGUAAAUAUAUCCUAUUAGUAUAUGAAACAGCGAAUACAGAAAAUAUUUUUUACGAUAAAGAUUCAGAAGACGUUUAUGAAGACGAUAACGAUGAGGACCAUGGCUUAUCGAUUUUAGCUCUCAUUACAUGGCACCUUUUAGAUACGCUUCGUCAAAUUCUGUUUUGUACAUGGCAACAUUUAGAUAUACUUCUUUAAACCGUGUGGCGAUGUGUAUAUAAUUAUAAUAGUAAAAAAAUAUAAAUAUGUUGGAAUACGAGAA